UUUUUAUUUGACAUUUGAGUUGAUUGGUUCCGCUUUUCCGUUCAUCUUUGAAAAACGAAUUCAAUUUUCACUUGUUGACCGUAAAUAAAUUAGAAAUAAAGUGUUUUUCCAUCUUUAAACCAUAACAAAAGUCUUAUAAGAUGUCGGUUACCUCAAGAUCAAGUAGUAUUAGUUCGAACAAACGACGAAUUGAUGAGAUCGACGACACGAUCGAAUACCUAACUAAUGAAAUCCACAAAUGUGAUAACUUUGCCCUGAAAUCUGAUUUUGAAUCUUCAUUAUUAGCUUUGAAAUUAAGGAGGGAAAAGGUGAAGGCUCUUGCUGCGGCCGCUAGGACCCAAGUUUUGCUGGCCGACAUGGAGGUUCUGAUAGCCGAGAGCGACCUUCUUUCUGACGUAGAACGUUUAAAAAAAUAUAAAAGGAUUAAAUUGGAUGGCGGGAAAGAUGAACCGCAAUCAAGCCAACAAGAAUCUCGUAAAAGAACUAUGAAGUCCACAUCUGUCCAAACUUCAACUAAUUACCGAACAGAUCAUGAGCGCAAGAAAAGAAAGCAUAGUGAAUCUAAACACUCAUCGAAGCACACUGACAGGGAAACAAUACGGUCACCAUCCAGCCCUAACACCAAUAAAAACUCCACAUGUAAAGAUGAUCUUAAGGAACCAUUAAAGUCACCUCAAGCAAGCCACAAAGAAUCAUCCCAAAUUACUACGAAGUCAAUCUCCGCCCAAACUUCACCUGAUCGUGGAAGUGAACAUCAGCCCAAGAAAAUGAAGUAUAAUGACUCUAGAUGCUCUCCGACACUCGCUGACAGUGAAAAGAUACAGUCACAGCCUGUCUUGAAAAGCCCUAAUGCUGAAAACAUCUCUGGUACCAGCCCUAAAGAUAAGCCAACAGAAUUAUUAGUGUCCACUCAAACAAGUGAACAAGCAUGUACACCGAUACCAGAGUCUACUACCUCAACCCAAACUUCAAGUGAACCUGAGCAUGAUUUCACAACAUCAAAGCCUAUUGACGCAAUACACUCUCCGAUGCACAUUGACAUUGAUACAUUAGUCCCUCUAUCUGUUUACAAAAGCCCUACCACUGAAAAAGAGCCCAAUGUCAACCGUAAAUAUGUUCCUAUGACACCAUUGGAAAAAGCUUAUAGAAGUGAGCGAGAGAAUGAGUACAAUAACUGGAAGCCUAGUGAGUCUAGACGCACACCUACGCCCACGACGGACUGGGACAGCGAUACAAUAGAGUUACCAUCACUCCUUAAAAGUCCCACCGCUGUUAAUAACUCCGAAGCCAGCACAGAAGAUAGUCUAGUCGCCCCUUUAAAGGUGAUUACCGGAUACACCUCUGACAUUGACAUUACACUAUCCAGUCCUUUAAAAGCUGAAUUCGCUAAACCGUACCCAAUUAAACAGUCUCAAGACAUCCGGAAGUUGCAAAUGGAUUCUUCAGACUCAAGCAAAGACACUUCAGCUCCACAACUUAAGGAAAAAAAGAAGAAGAAACCGAGGAACAAGAAGAAUCAAGAAAAUCCUACUGCAACAAACAAACCUGCUACGCAAACUAAACCUGCUGCACAACCUAAACCUGCUUCGCAAACCAAACCUGCUGCUCAGACCAAAUCAACUGCACAAACCAAAUCGACUGCUCAAACCAAACAAACUGGUAUUAAAACGAAGACUGUUACAGAAAUCAAUAGGGGUGCUUUUAGUCCGAAGCCUAGUGCUCAUAACAUAGUGACUUCGUAUCAUUCUCAGAAUGCGAUACCCUGUACAAGCAAGACACCAACUUCGUGGAGAGCUCCCAUCAAACAUAAAUUGCCGUUGAUGGUCCCUCAACCGAUACCUUUAAGCCAGUGUCUCAUCGGCCAACUCGUACCGCAAACCACUUUAUUUGAGUCCACAACUGGUUUGCGGUCACCAUACAAUUUCUAUAAUAAGAAUAAUUAAAACUAUAUAAUAUUAGCUAGAGUUGAUUUAAAUGUCUGUUUAAGUUUCAAAUAUUUUAUAGUAAUUAUAUAGAUGUAAAGUAUUU